AUGGCAUCGGAAUCCCAGAAGCCUCAGCAAAUUCCGCGUGGUAUGGCCGCUAGAAGCUUGCCUAUUCUAGAUCCAAGCAAAUCACACGCCUUCGUAAAACCAUCAAAGAGGAUAAACGAAGGCCAUGACGUGCCCUCCUUUCUCACCUCUCAAGCAUAUCAUGAUAUUGGCGUCUUUAUCAUGCAGCUCAACGUAGCGAUGUGCCCCAGAAAGUCCUCCGAGCAAGGGCAAGACCAGAUAUGGCAACUGGAUUCCCCCAUCACAUUGCCUGAGCCAGUUGGAAAGAUACAAAAGUUGCUUCAAAGCAUAGACGCCAUCAUCGAGGAGGCUCCGCCCGACGCAGGUCCUCGAAGAUUUGGAAAUAUAAGCUUCAGAAAAUGGUACGAGAUUCUCGAAUCACGUAUCACCGCUCUUCUCCAAACGCAUCUCCCACAGAAUGUGCUUGAGUUCAAGAGCACAUCUGAAAGUGGCGUAUCAGUUCUGGACGAAAUAACUCCUUACCUCAUGGGUGGGUUUGGUAGUUCACAAAGGUUAGAUUACGGUACUGGUCAUGAACUUAGCUUUCUUGCGUUUUUAGGCUGCAUCUGGAAGCUGGGAGGCUUUACCACAACACCUUCGUGCGAGGGUUCACUGGAAAGAAGCAUCGUUCUGGGAAUCAUUGAACCCUAUUUGAGAGUUGUUCGUCGUUUGAUUCUCACAUAUACCCUGGAGCCAGCUGGCUCGCAUGGAGUGUGGGGCUUAGAUGAUCAUUCAUUCCUGCCUUACAUCUUUGGCUCUGCCCAAUAUUGCCCGCCUAUCGCGGAGAAUGACCCGAUGCCAGUUGAAGGAGCUCUGAUCAACGCCCCGAAUCCUGGAGACAUUGCAAAGAAGAGUGUUGUCGACCGAGAAAGAAGACAUAACAUGUAUUUCUCGGCGGUGGGCUUCAUCAACGAUGUCAAGACUGGACCAUUCUGGGAACACAGUCCUAUUUUGUUUGACAUUUCUGGGGUUAGAUCAGGCUGGGGAAAGAUCAAUAUGGGAAUGAUCAAAAUGUUCAAUGCGGAAGUUUUAUCAAAGUUCCCGGUUGUGCAACAUUUUCCUUUCGGAUCUCUUUUCAGCUGGGACCAAGAUCCGAAUGCCGGCCAUGUCGCACCUUCAGUCCAUAUGUCGAACCAACCACCUAGUAGCUCAAGCUCAAGCUCAAGCUCAGGACCUGCGACUAUUCGACAGCCAGUGGAAUCCACACGGGUUCCUUGGGUGCAUCCUUCUGGUGGAGCAUUGGGUGCAACAGCAGCUCCAUGGGCUGGAACGCCGUCUCAGAGUGCUACUGGAGCACCGGCGCUUACCCGAGCUCCUUGGGCAACUUCGAAUAGGGGACAACCACCAAGUGCUGAUGGGCCAACAAGCGCGACCUGGGUAGAUCAGAAAGGUUCGAGGAGGUAG